AUGAACGAACUGCUCACUGGUUCGGUAGUGAUUGCCGGAGAUGGUGACGACGGAAUUUCGCUUGAGAGUGGCAAGGCGGCUCAAGCAAUGGCUCACAUUUACCAUUGCUUGAGCCGCCUUGCCACUCUCAAGUGGAAUUUCCUAGUCAUGAUCUCCAGCAACUGCUGCCGAACUGGUGUGCAGUUCAUUCAUAGCGUGUUGAGCUUGGCCCGUGGACUGCUUCGACUAGACGUCCUCUCCAGUGACAUUGUUGCUGCCUCCGCUUUUAACAGAGAGGAAGAGGUGUCUGCUCUUAUUCAUUGGCUUGCUUCAAAUGCGGGACCGCCAAUCAACCUUACAGAGAAAAUUUUCACACUGAUUUAUGGAAUCACUUCCAGGGCAGCAUUUGGCAGCAAAUCCAAAGAUCAAGAACUAUUCAUAUCAGUGAUGGAAGACACAGUAAAAGUGACGGCGGGUUUUAGUAUUGCAGAUCUGUUUCCUUCCAUUGGAUUUCUCCAACGGAUCACUGGGUUCAAGUUUCUUGUACAGAAGCUGCAUCAAGAAGCUGACAGAAUAGUUGAAAAAAUUUUAAAUGACCACAAGGUGAGGAAUGACAAGAGUGGGGAAGCUGAAGAUGAUCUGGUUGAUGUUCUUUUGAAAGUUCAAGAGCAUGGUGAUCUUGAAUUUCCCUUACCUAUCGACAACAUAAAAGCUGUGGUCUCGGACAUCUUUUGUGCUGGUGGGGACAAUGUGCAAGAUGAUGAAAAAUACAAGAGUGCUACAACAAGGCACAACCUGAGAGAUCCAGAAUAUUGGAAUGAACCUCAAAUUUUCAAUCCAGAGAGGUUCCUUAAUCAUUCACUAUACUACAAGGGGACCGGUUUCGAGUACAUUCCAUUUGGUGCCGGUAGGAGAAUAUGCCCUGGAAUUUCAUUUGGUCUGGCCAAUGUUGAGCUUCCUCUGGCAAUGUUUCUGUACCAUUUUGAUUGGAAACUUUCCAGUGGGAUGAAGAAUGCAGAUUUAGACAUGGCAGAGGCUUUUGGUAUAACUGUGGGAAGAAAAGAAAAGCUGCACAUUAUUCCCAUUCCUUAUCAUCCUCCAGCUUCUUCAUAA